GCCUCAUAAUUCUAAUGGAGAACAAUACGCAGGUGACUAAAUUCAUUCUUGUGGGGUUAACAGAUGACCCAGAACUGCAGAUCCCACUCUUCAUAAUCUUCUUUUUCAUCUAUCUCAUCAUGCUGUUUGGGAACUUGGGGAUAAUUGGGUUGAUUCUAUUGGACUCUCGUCUCCACACCCCCAUGUACUUUUUCCUAAGUAAUCUCUCCCUGGCAGACUUUGGUUACUCCUCAGCUGUCACUCCCAAGCUGAUGGUAGGAUUCCUCACAGGAGACAAAGUCAUGUCCUACAAUGCUUGUAUCACUCAGUUCUUCUUUUUUGUAGCCUUUAUCACUGUAGAAAGUUUCCUCUUGGCAUCAAUGGCCUAUGACCGCUAUGCAGCAGUGUGUAAACCCCUCCAUUACACCACCACCAUGACAACAGGGGUGUGUGCUUGUCUGACCAUAGGCUGCUAUGUCUGUGGUUUCCUGAAUGCUUCCAUCCAUACCGGGAACACUUUUAGACUCUCUUUCUGUAAGUCCAAUGUAGUUGACCACUUUUUCUGUGAUGCUCCUCCUCUCCUGGCCCUCUCAUGUUCUGACAGCUACAUCAGUGAGAUGGUUAUUUUUUUUGUGGUGGGAUUCAAUGUCUUCUUUUCUAUCCUGGUAAUUGUGAUCUCCUACCUAUUUAUAUUUAUCACCAUCCUGAAGAUGCAGUCAUCUGAAGGACGCCAGAAGGCCUUUUCUACGUGUGCCUCUCACCUCACUGCUGUCUCCAUCUUCUAUGGGACAGGCAUCUUUAUGUACUUACAACCUAGCUCCAGCCAUUCCAUGGGAACCGACAAAAUGGCAUCCAUGUUCUAUGCUGUAGUCAUUCCUAUGCUGAAUCCACUAGUCUAUAGCAUGAGGAACAAAGAUGUCAAGAGUGCUUUUAAAAAUAUUGUAGGGAAUGCAAAGUCUUCUAGAGUGUUCAUACUUUAAUUUUAUAGAACUCACAGGCAGUGCCAUCUACCUCAGAUUAAUCUUUGCCCAGAAAGUCCAGCAUCUGGGCUUUCUCA